AUGGAGUUCAAUGUCGUAAAAUUGAAGGCAUACGAAAAACGACCACCACCAAAACUGAACAGUUCGCAGUCGUCGUCAUCGCUUGAACGAUUUCAAAAAACCUGUCGAUACGGCGAUGAUUGCAAGAAACCGUUUUGUAAAUACACGCACUCUGCUGAUGGAAAGAAUGAAGCGCUAUCGGACUGUGAAGAUGCGUCAUUCAUGUCAAGUCACAACAACAAUACGGAAGACUCUGAGUGGUCACAUUACAUUCCAGCAACUAUACAUAUCAAGUCAACUGAUGGAAUUAGCACUGUUUCUGAGCGCAAACAAGAAACUUCGACGUGUUUCGUUCUGCGAUGUGCCGUUUUUGCAGUUGGUGAUGGUGGUACCGAAAUCGAUCCGACACAUUUGGUUACGGCCGUUAGAGUGAAGCCACACGAUCGUAAUGGCACUUUCCUGUCGCCUUCGGGGAAUAAGAUUGGCAAAGAACGUAAUUGGGUGGUAUUCAAUGAGUUUGUCGUAACGCGAGUUACCGAAAAUGAAGCCCUUCAUUUGGAUGCAACUUGGAAGAUACCAUCAAUGUUAUAUUAUGUACAGAUUGACAGUGAUAAUGUCGAUGUUGAAAGUCGUGCUCCAAUUCCUCAUUCAGUAUUCUCAACUGAUUUCGGAAGUGUAGACUCGUCAGAACAACAACAAAAUGUUGAGUCGAUCUCUGAAGAGUCUCUUCCGAAACGGGGUGAUUUGUUGGCAAUAGAUGCAGAAUUCGUCGCGUUGAAUAAGGAGGGAACACGUGCAGUGGCACGAGUGAGUUGUGUGCGUGAGGAUGGCAGUUGUUUUUUGGACGAUUACAUAAGAACGUCAGCGAGUGAUACAGUUAGUGAUUAUUUGACGGCUUGGAGCGGCAUCGAAGCGGCAGAUCUGGAUCCGGAACUAUCGACACGUCAUUUGAUCCACCUGAAGGGUGUCUACUUGAAACUACUCUAUCUGCUUCAACAAGGCGUUAUCUUUGUUGGGCAUGGCCUCAGCAGUGAUUUUCAUGCAUUAAGCAUUUAUGUACCAUCAGAGCAGAUGCGUGAUACGGUUCGUCUGUUCUACAUGAAAGCUGAACGAAUGAUCUCUUUGCAGUUUCUUGCUUGGUAUCUUUUGUCUGAAAGUAUCCAGCAGACGACGCAUGAUUCAGUGGAAGAUGCACGAAUUGCGUUUCGUUUGUACAAAAAAUAUUUGGAACUCGAGGAGAACGGCAAAUUGAAAACGACAAUAAAUGAGUUGUAUGAAACUGGCAAACGAAUGGAUUGGAAAAUCAACGAUCAGCAAACACAACCGCAAAGCGAUGAUACGAGCAACAGCAGUAGUGCAACUCCUUGA